CGCCACCUUUUCUCGCUUUACAAGGUCGCUUUCGUAAUAUCGACACUUCUUGCAAGACUUGAAGGCACCAGUCAGUCGGCGGUUGCAACGUAUAGUACGCGUCUAAAGCCUUCUACAAGCCGAGGGACAUGCAUACAAGUGCCUUCUAUGCUGGUGGGGAGAUUAGCCCUGUGAAAGAGCUGAACACAACACUUCCUGGCUAUGAGAGGGACAAUAAUGUACACAAUGGCCCUGCAGGGACAUAUGUAUGGGCAGGCCCCCCUCCUCAUGUCAGUCUGCCUGGAGUAAUUCCCCAUCAUUACCAAAGCACUAACAAGCCUGGAACGGUGGACACUCCCUGCUUAAGGUUCCCCUGUUCAUGUCAGUCCACUCAGUGUCAGGUGACCUAUCCAGACUACCACCUGGAGCCCCAGUCCAGUCAGUAUCACAUCGUCACUGGCCCUGUACCUGGUCCACCAGACAGCAACCAACACGGCUUGGUUUCUGCUCCUUGGUUUACUAAUGAACCCAUUCUCUGCAGCAUGAUGCCGCAGGAUUUACAUGUUCCUGUUGCCGGCAUCUGUGUACCACAGGCCUCGCACCCUCAGCAGUUUCAUGAGGGGCUGAGUCAAUUUACAUCCCACCUCACACACCCUGUAGUGUGUAAUAUGAGUGGAGCUGGACAGGUUGUGCUGGUUAAUCCCUGUGAGCCAGAACCUAUGUUACUUACCCUGAAAUCUGCAUCACAGAAUAGAUGUAACAGCCCAACUCAAGAAAAAGAUGUGAGUGUGCUAGGGACUCCCAGCCAGCUUCCUCAGCACCAGCAGGCUGCUUGUUCCUUGUAUGAGUCCAGAGAUCAGGCAGCCAACAUGCAGCCUCCAGUCCCUCCAUCACACCUUUUCCCUUAUAGAACUGUUGGAACAUUGUGUGAAACGAAGUCAAGGAAACCCUGCCACUGCACCAGAUCCCAGUGCCUCAAACUCUACUGUGAGUGUUUUGCUUAUGGAGUGAUGUGCAGCAACUGCGACUGUUCUAACUGUCACAACAAUGCAGACCAUGAAAUGAAGCGUCAAAAGGCAAUUGAGUCAUGUUUAGGUCGUAACCCAGAUGCCUUCAGGUCUAAGGUUGCUGGUGGGAAGUCAGGAGGGGUUAAAGGUUGGCACAACAAAGGCUGCAACUGUAAACGCUCUGGCUGCCUUAAGAACUACUGCGAGUGCUAUGAGGCUAACAUCAAGUGUACCUCCAGCUGUAAAUGUGUUGGAUGUAGCAACUUCCUCAACAGCACAGAAAUGGGCCUCAAAGAGAAGUUUGUCAAUGGCAACAAAUCUCCUGUAUCAGUGAUAAGUCCUGCUGUGGUGGAGGCUGUGUGUGGCUGUCAGCUGGCCAGGGCCAAGGAGGCUGAGAGGGAGGCCCAGAGCCCCAGCCAGGCUGAGCACAUGGUCCUGGAUGAGUUUGGACACUGCCUCACACAGAUUGUCGUGGCCAUGUUUCAGAACAAGACCCACUAAACUGACACUGUGGAGAUACUUCAAACUUCAAAACAUGAACUGGUUAGAAUCCAAGGAAAUAGCUGUGUUUGAGUUGGCCCAACACGGAUAUCUGAAUUCAUACAGUGGGGUCUGGAAAGGUAUAGACAUUAUUGAUGUCUGUGUAAUGUUCUACAUCUACAUGUAAUGUUCUGCUAAAAGUGUAAUGUUCUACACCAACAUGUUCUUCAAAAGUUUACUGGUAAAUAUAUAAAACUCAGGUCCAAAUUGUAGUUCUACUGAGUGAAAGUGAAUUUCUGAUAUUGUUUUAUUGUUAAUACCAGAUACACAUAUAGUUAAGUUCAGAGGUAUUCCAUUUCCAUACAUGGUUCUGUAACUGCACUAGUAUUAGCCCGCUGGAAAAUGUUCAGCUACAGUCCUUUGACAACAUGUUUUCAAAGCAAAAUAAAAGUACUAUUGAUGACA